UCCCGCCCUCCUCAUCCUUACAGGCUGCUGGGCCGCAGCCGACUGGGUGGCUCUGCCCCGAAGAGGCAGCUGCGGCCGCGAAUCUCCAUCUCUCGGGAGAUCAGAAGCCGUUAAUGCGGCCUCCCCCGCCUCCAGGGCCAUUCCCGUCUUCUGGGGCGGCCCGGGGCGGCUAGUGAGCCCAAACUGUCCGGACGGCAAGGUAUUAACAAUAUGGAUACUGAACAGGCAAAACCAGCGAUUUCUAAAGUAACACCUUUGCAACAAAUGAUUGCCUCAUGUACUGGAGCUAUUCUUACAUCACUAAUGGUGACACCUUUGGAUGUUGUUAAAAUUCGUCUCCAACUUCAGAACAACCCUUAUUCCAAAAGAAGAUGUUUUUUAUAUUGUAAUGGAUUGAUGGAUCAUCUACAUUUCUGUGACGAGGGUAGCAACAAAGCAUGGUACAAGAAGCCUGGCCGCUUCAGAGGAACAUUGGAUGCCUUUUCGAAAAUUAUUCGAAAUGAGGGCAUAAAAUCCUUAUGGAGUGGUCUGCCCCCUACACUAGUGAUGGCAGUUCCUGCUACAGUUAUAUAUUUUACGUGUUAUGAUCAGUUAUCUUCAUUUAUGAAAUCUAAAGUAGAAAAUGAAGAUUACAUACCAAUUUUUGCUGGAAUUAUUGCCAGAUUAGGUGCAGUAACUGUAAUAAGUCCCUUGGAGUUGAUUAGAACCAAAAUGCAAUCCAAGGUAUUCUCUUAUAAGGAAUUACAUCUGUUUGUCAAAAAUAAAGUUUCACACGAUGGUUGGAUUUCACUUUGGAGAGGUUGGAGUCCUACUGUUAUGAGAGAUGUACCUUUCUCAGCAUUGUACUGGUAUAACUUUGAAAUGUUUAAGAAGUGGCUUUGCAAAAACUCUGACAAAUAUGAGCCAACCUUUGGGAUUAAUUUUACUGCAGGGGCAAUGUCUGGUUCUAUUGCAUCUAUUGUGACUUUACCAUUUGAUGUCGUAAAAACACACAGACAAACCAAACUUUGGAAAUAUGAUAUUCCCCAAGAGAUCCCAUUCCAGGACAUGUAUCCCAAAGAGGGUCAAAACACUGUACCCACAUCAACAUGGAACAUUAUGAAGCAGAUUGUUUCUAAAGAUGGAAUUUCUGGCUUAUUUGCAGGACUAAUUCCCCGGUUAAUUAAAGUUGCUCCUGCUUGUGCCAUUAUGGUCAGUACAUAUGAAUUUGGGAAAACUUUUUUCCUUCAACAAAACCUCAAAAAACAGGAGAUCCAUACUUCUGCAUUGGUCUUGAAAUAAUUAUUGUCACAUUAUUGGUUGGAAGAUUCUCAGAAAUGUGCUAACUUCAGGUCUAUUUUUAAAUAUCUUUAUUUUAAAGAAAGAAUUUCACAAUUCUAAUUUUAAUUUAAGAACAAGUUUUCUAUUUUGUCCUGUCUUUGGGAGAGUUUAAGAAAAUUCUUUAUUGGGUGUCUAUAACUCUGGUGAGACAAUUACAAAGGAAAAGAGAAAAGCUUGAUGAAACAGCAAGAAUUUUUUAUUGAAUUCCACAUUUUCUUUUGUUAACUUUUGUCUCCUAUGAGUCUAUUAACUGCACCUAAACCAUGAUAGGAGUGAAGUGUUUAAAGAGAAAAGGCUAAUAAUAAGUCUUUUGUUCAAAUCUUAAUCAUGUGCACAAAUAUGUAUUUUUUACAUGGAAGCAGAUGACAGUUAUCAAAUGAUGCCAUACUUGUAGUUGCCAAAUAUUACCACUGUGUUUUUAGUUUUAAUUCUGAUGUUUCUUAAAUUUUUUGUUUUGGGGCCCCUAUUCAUAUUAGAAUUUCUGCUGACAAACCAUGAUUAUUUUAUGUCCAGAAAUAAUCCUUUUUUGCUACUCUAAGCAAAAGUUAUACAUCUUUUGUUGUAUUCUGCCAAUUUUGAAGAAUAUGGAUACUGUUCUUAGAAAUUUCUUGGCUUAUUUCAAAUUGUAAUUCAUCCUAACUGGGGAGAGCAGCACAGGAUGUAUUACUUUAGAAAACUACUCCUCUAUUCAAUUCAGAUAAGUUGAACCUGUUUGUGAUAUGGAUAAUUGCUGAAAACUAAGUAGGGUACUUUUAGGUCCUACUGCAGUUGAGGUAGAAGAAGUAAAAAGGAAGUUUUUCAUUGCUUUCUGCUGCUUCUGUUUCUACACAUUCAGUUUAGCACUUAAAGACUACAUUAUAUUUAAUGUACAGAGAGGAUCUUGUGCUUUUUAUUCUGUGAUUAAUAGGUAUCAUUGUUAUUUUCAUUGCUUUUUCCAGCUCAAUUUUGUAGGCUUGUUCUGUCUAAUAUGAUAGAAAUUAUCAUAAGUGGCUAAAUAUUUUCAUGUUGCAUACAGAUUCCACAGAUUAUUGCAUUUCAUAUUAGUAGGCUGACUAAAAAUAAGCAAUAAUCAGGGAUAGCGGGAUUUCUUUUUAAAGAAAAUUUUCUUGUUAAUCCAAUAGUGUGUGACUAAAUGUCAAAGUGAAAAGAUGCUAUGAUGACAAAAUAAAAAGUAGCAGAGAUCUUUUUUUUUCUUCAAAAUAAUUUAUGUUAUGAGAAAAGCACUUUAAGUAUUUUUCAUGAAAAUGUGAAACAUUUCAAAGUGGAAUAGUUGAAGGAGAUGGUAUAUAUUUAAAUAUUAUCUGGUAAAGAGUUAGGAAAUUAAUGCAUUCUAUACUAAACUAAGAAAGUUCACAUAUUUUGCUAAAAAAUAAUUUGUUAUCUCUAAGUUUUAAAUGUAACCAUGUGUGUAUUUUAUUUCAUCCUAUGUUGAUUUGCCUUAAGAUUUGAAAACAAUAUGUGUGUAUAUUUGUUUUUAACUCAUUUUCAUUAAAUAUUUUGUUUCCUUU